AUGUCUCUUCUGCAGUUGUCCAAACGCACUCCGGAUCUUUUGGCAAAAGAUUCUGAUGUUCCUGAGGAAGAGUUCAAACAAAUGCAGCUGGCGGACAAGAAGAAGCUGGAAGCCCCUCAAACGGUGCCCUAUUAUAUAAACGAAUUCUCAUGAUUUAGUUGCAGUUGUCAAACGCAGUGCCUCACGAAUUACUGAGCGAUACUUCUCGAAUGACACCGAAAGUUGAAAACUAUUUGGCGGCUCAACGAAUGCUUCUCGGAAACGCCCAGACAGAACAAAUGAUCCUGUCAGUUCAGUUUUUUUUUUGUUAGUUGAGGUUGAAAAUUGCAGAGAGCUUAACUGUGCAUCCCAAAUCAAUCGCGGCCCAGAGGGAGUUUUCGAGUCAUCGCGCUUGCACUGGGACAUGCUUCUCAACAGGGAUGAAACCAUUUUUCCUUCGGAUUAUUUGAACUUUGAUGCCAAGAUGAAGUUCUGA